UCAUUUGACGUUUUACUUUUACGCAAGAAAAAUUGUGGACCAGCACAUACGAUCCAUCUGAAUUUUACUGUUUUCUUCGCUUAUUUUGUCAUGUUGUAGUUUAGAAACUGUUCGCAAACGUAAACAACGAUGAAUAUAACACCGAGGCCGGAGAAAACCAAGCCUAUGGCACCUGAUGUAGCCGUCAGCGCCGUGUUAGUUCCAAGUCAGGAACUACCAGCCGAGACACCUAUUGUUUCGGGUUAUGAUUGGGAAAAUGGCACAGACUACAAUAAAAUACUAGAAAGCUACGCUCGGAGUGGGUUCCAGGCCACAAGUUUCGGCUUGGCUGUGGCAGAGAUCAACAAAAUGCUCAAAUGUCGUUCCGUGGCUUUAACAGAAGACACGAGUGAUCCUUAUGAGGAAGAUGUAUUUAUAAAGAAGAAAACAAACUGCACUAUAUUCUUAGGUUACACUUCCAAUAUGGUUUCCAGCGGGCUCCGUGAAACUGUGAGGUUUUUAGUGAAAAAUAAGCUUGUUGACUGCAUUGUGACCACUGCUGGCGGGGUCGAAGAAGACUUUAUCAAAUGUCUUGCUCCAACUUACGUUGGGGACUUCAACUUAAGCGGAAAAAUGCUACGAACCAGAGGAAUCAACCGCAUAGGAAACCUACUUGUACCGAACGAUAACUAUUGCCGCUUUGAAGAAUGGGUGACGCCGUUGCUUGAUGAAAUGUUAGAAGAGCAAAUACGAGACGGUAUCGUUUGGACACCGUCAAGAGUAAUAGCCCGUCUUGGUGAAAGGAUCAAUGAUGAAAGCUCGAUUUGCUACUGGGCAUGGCGUAACAAUAUUCCCAUAUUCAGUCCAGCUUUAACAGACGGUUCCUUAGGAGACAUGAUGUACUUCCAUUCAUUUAAACGUCCCGGUCUUGUUAUAGAUAUUCUCGGAGACCUACGGAGACUAAACACUAUGGCGGUAAAAGCAAAUAAUACAGGAAUGAUCAUAUUAGGAGGCGGUGUGAUUAAACACCACAUCUGUAAUGCUAAUUUGAUGAGGAAUGGUGCAGAUUAUUCGGUGUACGUCAACACAGCAAGUGAAUUUGAUGGAUCUGAUUCGGGUGCAAGGCCAGACGAAGCCGUGUCGUGGGGUAAAAUCCGAGCAAAUGCUACCCCAGUGAAGCUAUAUGCAGAUGCUACAUUGGUCUUUCCAUUGCUUGUCGCGCAAACAUUUGCCAAACAUCAUUUUAGUAAUAAAAAGAAUGUAUAA